AUGUCAGAAUCUGUAGAGUUAAAGGAGCAAAAGUCCAACAAGUCCUGUGAUUGGACACUGCUAGUGCUUCUUCCCACCCAGGUGAGGCUUGCUGUAAUCAGCUGCUUAGAGGGUGAAGUGGUGCAGUAUAUAAAACAAAUCAAAGAGGUCCAGAGAGGGCUUUGGAGAGUGUAUUUGUGGAGUAUGGCAUUGUUUAACAUGUUUGGGUCCAUAUUCCAGGCAUCAGGCACCAGUUAUUCUCCAAAUGAAACCUUUGCUGCAGGGAGAGCUCCAAGAGGCAAGUUGAGCAAAUCUGACAUUGGAACACCCAGCAACUUCAAACAUGUUACUCACGUCGGAUUUGAAUCCAAGCCUUGCCUGGAUGUUUGUUGUGACAUCAAUGUGAAAGCGCUGUCAGGUGUUGAGGAACGCCUUAGAGACCAGGAGCUGUCCUGUAGGAUAUUUGAGGUCAUUGAGAAGGAAGGUAGCAUGGAAGCAUUAAGGAGGCAGACACGGAGGAUGACAUCCGUGGAGAGGCCCAACAUACGAACUAGACUCCGAUCUCUGUCGUCCUCAAGCUUAACACCAUCAAAAAGACAGAACUGUCAUGUUGCAUCCACACCCAAUGCAGCAACAAUAUCCGAUGGCUCUCCUUCAGUUUAUCUUACACCUCUAAGCAAGAUGUCACCACCACUUCCCACACCCCCAUCUAUCGCUCACCUCAGGUCUAAGAAGAUACCUCCUCACCCUCUUCCACAAUCCUGUAUUGGUAAAACCUCAUUGAAAGCCUCACUUCCAUCUCUUCCAAUGGCUAAUCUAACUUCAGAAACAUCCAGUUAUUCUCGUCCAACAUCUCUUCCAACCCAAAAUCCUGUGGUCUGCCAAGUUGCUCCUGUACCCCCACCACCUCUUCCUCAACGUAUUAAAAAAACUUCUACAGAAGUAGCUAUUCCUAUCUCUCCUGCAUUUCCUUCCUCUGUCCCAAACAGUGAGCCUCUUAUGAAGUUUGGCGAUGUCCUGGUUCCUCCUCCUCUCCCUCCAUUUAGCAAACUCUUACAUUCAGGAACAAUUGUACCUAAACCCCUCUCCUCAGAAUCUCUUCCAGUCACAGAUUCUAUAAAUGGAACAGUUUCACCCUCCCUAGCAUUUAUGAAGCUAUCUUCUAGCAGUAAUUUUGGCUUAAGGUCUUCCUCGGAGACCGCUUUAGUUAAUGGCUUGGAGCCUCCAUGCUUCUCUGACAGCAAGACCAUAACCUGUAGCACUGCAUCCAAAAGAUGGGCGGCUGUGGCCUCCAAUAAAGAUUUUGAUCUGCAAAAAAAUUCAACAUUAUUCCUGGAACAGAUCAAACAAGGCAUGCAGCUAAAAUCUGUCAGCCAGACUGUGAAAGUGGAGACUGCGGAAUGCUCAAACAUUGUGUCCGCAUUAAUGGAUGUCAUACAAAGACGGAAUAAAGCUAUACACUCCUCAGAUGAGGACAACACCGAUGAUGAUGAAUGGGAAGACUAGCCUUUCCUCCCAACAUGACACUCCAUUAAAGUUCUUAUGGUUUUAUUAAUACUGGUAUCUGUCGUCCUUUUGUCUUUUUGCUUUUAUUGUGAGCACUGAAAAUUCUCAGAUCUGUGGCAAAAUAAAUUUGUAUAUAAAUAAA